CGAUGACUCUUCAGGCUGUUUCUGCUGCUUUUCCGCUGCUCACCGCCCAGCUGGCGCCGCCGCCACACCAGGGAGCCCCACGAAGACACCUUCGAGUCUGUACUUCUUUCUGCCCCGUGCAGACUUCCACCUCUUCACACCACUGCCUCCUUCUCGGGAUGCCCUCCUGCCGUUGCAAUUGAGCCUGCAGCCUUUGGAUCUCGAUUGCAUCAUCUCAGCAUGGCGUCCCAGGCUGCGCCGGGCGACCAGCCCCCACCCACACGCAUCACCAUCCUCGGCUCCGACUCCAUUGUUGUCGACAACAACCUUUGGCGCCAGUUCGUCGCCGGCGACCUUCUCGACAACAUCGUCUCGUCCACAUACGUCCUCAUCACCGACACAAACCUCCGCGACCGCUACGUCCCAGUGUUCGAAGAUGCCUUCGACGAGGCUCUGCGUGCCCGCAAUGGCGACGCCCGCCUCCUUACGUACACCGUGCCUCCAGGCGAGACGUCCAAGGGCCGCCAGACCAAGGCUGACAUUGAAGAUUGGAUGCUCUCGCAGCGCUGUACUCGCGACACUGUCGUGAUUGCCCUUGGCGGCGGCGUCAUUGGAGACAUGAUCGGCUAUGUUGCCGCCACCUUUAUGCGCGGCGUUCGUUUUGUCCAGGUUCCUACCACCCUCUUGGCCAUGGUCGACUCCUCCAUCGGCGGCAAGACCGCCAUCGACACCCCCAUGGGCAAGAACCUCAUUGGCGCUUUCUGGCAGCCACAGCGCAUCUACAUCGAUCUCGCGUUCCUCGACUCCCUGCCUGUGCGCGAGUUUAUUAAUGGCAUGGCUGAAGUCGUAAAGACAGCCGCAAUCUGGGACGAGCAGGAAUUCGACUUCCUCGAGGCCAAUGCCGCCCUUAUUCUUGAGACCAUUCGUGCAAAGCCAGCGACUCCAGCGGCUGAAGCCGGACGUCUAGACCCCAUCCGCAACAUCCUCAAGCGCAUCGUUUUUGCCUCGGCUCGGGUCAAGGCCGAAGUUGUCUCUGCGGACGAGAAAGAAGGUGGUCUCCGUAACCUUCUGAACUUCGGCCACUCCAUCGGUCACGCUUACGAGGCUAUCCUCACGCCCCAGAUCCUACAUGGCGAGUGCGUCGCUAUCGGCAUGGUCAAGGAGGCUGAGCUAGCUCGCUACCUAGGCGUCCUCAGCCCUAGCGCUGUCGCGCGCUUGACAAAGUGCAUCGCGAGUUACGACUUGCCAACCUCGCUGCAAGACAAGCGUGUUGUCAAGCUCACAGCUGGGAAGCGCUGCCCAGUAGACACCCUCCUCACCAAGAUGGCCGUGGACAAGAAAAACGAAGGCGCCAAGAAGAAGAUUGUGCUUCUCAAGGCCAUCGGGCAGACGCACGAGCCGCGUGCGACUGUCGUCGACGACACGGCCAUCUCUGUCGUGCUGUCGCCUGCCGUUACUGUUCAGCCCGGGGUACCGGAGGGUUUGAACGUCAGCGUGACGCCCCCAGGGUCCAAGAGUAUAUCCAACCGUGCCUUAGUCCUUGCAGCCCUCGGCGAGGGCACGUGCCGCAUCAAGAACCUGCUGCACUCCGACGACGUCGAGUUCAUGCUGGCAGCCAUUGGCAAGCUCAACGGUGCGACGUACACAUGGGAGGAAUCCGGCGAGGUGCUAGCUAUUACCGGCCGGGGUGGCAAGCUGCAAGCUAGCGAUGAAGAGUUGUACCUCGGAAAUGCUGGCACUGCUUCCCGAUUUCUUACCAGCGUUGUCGCGCUUUGUGCUCCCGCGGCAGCUACUUCUACUGUGCUUACAGGUAAUGCUCGCAUGAAGUUGAGACCAAUUGGCCCCCUGGUCGACGCCUUGCGGUCCAACGGCAUCGACAUCAAGUAUCUGGGCAAGGAACAUAGCCUGCCAGUCCGAGUCAACGCCGCUGGCGGUAUUGAUGGUGGUGAUAUUGAGCUUGCCGCAACCAUUUCUUCCCAGUACGUCUCCUCUCUGCUCAUGUGCGCACCGUACGCCAAGAAGCCCGUUACUCUGCGUCUCGUCGGUGGCAAGCCCAUCUCGCAGCUUUACAUCGACAUGACCAUCAACAUGAUGAAGGCUUUUGGUGUGUCGGUCACCAGAUCUGAAGACGAGCCUCAUACCUACCACAUCCCACAGGGUACGUACCGCAACCCUGCCGAGUACGUGGUCGAGAGCGACGCCAGCUCUGCCACCUACCCACUGGCCAUGGCGGCCAUCACUGGAACGACCUGCACUGUUCCAAACAUUGGCUCGGCGUCGCUCCAGGGUGACGCACGCUUUGCGAUUGAUGUGCUCAGACCCAUGGGAUGCAAGGUGGAGCAGACUGCGACCUCAACGACAGUGACUGGGCCUCAGCCUGGCGGGCUCAAGGGCAUCACGGUCGAUAUGGAACCCAUGACGGAUGCCUUCCUCACUGCCUCAGUCCUUGCCGCCGUUGCUACUGGCGAGACAACAAUCACCGGGAUCGCCAACCAACGUGUCAAGGAAUGCAACCGUAUCGCAGCCAUGCGAAUCCAGCUUGACAAAUUCGGCGUCCAUUGCAAGGAGCUAGAGGAUGGCAUCAUCGUUGCCGGCAAACCAUUCUCAGAGCUCACAAAACCAAGCGAGGGCAUCUACUGCUACGACGACCACCGUGUUGCAAUGAGCUUUGGCGUGCUUUCCAGUGCCGUUCCCUUUCCAGUUGUGAUUCUCGAGCGGGAGUGCACAGGCAAGACUUGGCCUGGUUGGUGGGAUAUCCUCAGCCAGUCAUUUGGAGUCAAGCUGGCAGGCACCGAUGUCGAGGCUCACAGCACGGAGGCAGGAAUGAAGGGACCUUCAGCGCCUUCAAUCUUCGUGAUAGGUAUGCGAGGCGCCGGAAAGACAACUGCUGGUGGCUGGCUUGCUAGAAUCCUCGGUAGGCCUUUCAUCGACCUCGACCAGGAGCUGGAAACGCGGUCAGGUAUGACCAUCCCGCAGAUCAUCAACGAGAGUGGUCGUGGUUGGGAAGGAUUUCGCCAAGAUGAGGUCAACCUCCUCAAGGAUGUCAUGGAGAAGCAGGGCCAGGGCCAUGUGUUCUCUUGUGGCGGUGGCAUUGUCGAGACGCCUGAAGCCCGUGACCUUCUCAUCAAAUACUGUGCCAAUGGUGGCGUGGUGCUACUAGUCAGCCGCAACAUCGAGCAGAUGGUCGAGUAUCUUAUGCGUGACAAGACUCGACCAGCCUACACCGAGGAAAUUCGUCGAGUCUACGAAAGGCGCAAACAGUUCUACCAGGAUUGUAGCAACUACGAGUACCACAGUCCACACCUGGAUGCAUCAGGAGGUCUGGUAGAAGCACCCAUGGAUUUCGCCCGCUUUGUAACUCUGAUCAGCGGUCAGAGCACCCACCUGGAGGCCGUCAAGGCGAAAAGGCCAUCCUUCUUCGUCUCUUUGACUGUGCCAAAUGUGGCAAUGUCACUAGCUGUCAUUCCUAGAGUUGUCGUCGGCUCGGACGCAGUGGAACUGCGUGUCGAUCUUCUAGACGACCUCUCACCAGAGUCUGUUGCAGGCCAGAUUGCUGCGCUUCGUUCUGCUGCAAAGAUCCCUAUUGUGUUCACGUUGCGGUCCAAGGAACAGGGUGGCCGUUUCACCUACAAGUCUGAGACAGAGCUGCUCCAGCUGUACCGUGUCGCCAUGAGGGUUGGUGUUGAGUACAUUGACCUCGAAAUGGGCUUGCCCGAUGAGACACUGGAGGCGAUUCUCGAACAUCGACCUUCCUCGACGUCCGUCAUCGCAUCUCACCACGAUCCACAUGGUCAAUUAAACUGGAAGACAGGGAGCUGGCAGCCAUGGUACAAUCGUGCUCUGCAGUACGGUGACAUCAUCAAGCUCGUUGGUGUGGCGUCCAAGGUGGAGGAUAACUUUGCGCUGGCCGCCUUCAAGGAGCAGAUGUUUGCAGCACAUGGGAAGCCCAUCAUCGCCGUCAAUAUGGGCUCCCUUGGAAAACUAUCGCGAAUCCUCAAUGGCUUCUUGACACCAGUCUCACACCCUAGUCUUCCAUUCAAGGCGGCUCCAGGACAGCUGUCUGCUGCCGAAAUACGAUCGGGUCUUGGUCUAAUCGGCGAGCUGGAGAAGAAGGAUUUCUAUCUUUUUGGCAAGCCAAUCUCAGCAUCGCGGUCUCCAGCAUUGCAUAACACGCUGUUUCGGCAGACUGGUCUGCCUCACCAGUACUCGCUCUUCGAGACAGAUGUUGCUGCCGAUGUCAAAAGCCUCAUCAGGGCGCCGGGCUUUGGCGGUGCAUCAGUAACCAUUCCGCUCAAGCUUGACAUCAUGCCCUAUGUUGAUGACCUGACUGAUGCGGCCAAGGUCAUUGGAGCCGUGAACACGAUUGUUCCAGUCACCGACGAUGCCGGUGAACCAACACGCCUGCUCGGUGACAAUACGGACUGGAAGGGCAUGGUCCACUCCUUGCAAUCCGCUGGUGUUGCUGCAGCUACCACGCCUACUAGUGCAAUGGUAGUCGGUUCUGGCGGUACCACGAGAGCUGCCGUGUAUGCGCUCCAUUCGCUUGGAUUCAGUCCCGUCUAUAUCGUCGCGCGAAACGCCGAGGCAGUGGCGACGCUGUGCUCUUCUUUCCCGGAGGAUUUCAAUGUCCAGAGAGCCACAGACGCGAGUCAGAUUCGGCGAAUCCCCUCAGUCAUGAUCAGUACAGUACCGGCUGAUAAGCCUCUCGAAGCCUCCAUGAGAGAUCUCGUGGUGUCCGUUCUGGGUCAGCCGCCACAGCAGCAACGCUCGCGCGUGCUGCUCGAGAUGGCUUACAAGCCUCGUCACACACCAUUGAUGGGAAUGGCCGAGGACGCGGGCUGGGUGACCAUUCCAGGAUUAGAGGUCUUGGCCUCGCAAGGGUUCUAUCAGUUUCAACUCUGGACGGGCAUCGCCCCCUUGUACUCAGAUGCGCGAGCUGCCGUGCUUGGAGAGUGAACUUUCCCGUUGACUUUUCACUAGAGGUUUGAAUGGCCCCAUGGCGGUGUGUAUCAUAUAAAGGUCCAAGAAUUAAUCCCACUUCGGGGAUUCCAGGUUAGGUGUGAUUUGGUCGGAUCAUAAAAUUGAAGAUUGCUUGUAA